GCGACGGGACAGACGCAUCACGGGAGAGGUCAGAGGUCAUGAUGUCUGCAGUGAGACUGCUGUCUGCGCUCCUUCUGCUGCUGCCAUGUCAGCUCGAGGCAAAAUCCCUGAUGAAUAUCCUCCAACGGGAAGAUGGUGCUUCAGUCAGGAUCGACUCCAACAAGGCGAAUGAAUUCCUGUCCAGUUCUCGCCCGAGACGCAGCGUCGAUCCACGCUGGCACAGGCAAAGUCCAGAUUUCCAGGCGUAUUACAGAUACUACAGCAGUAUCGGACACACGGAGGGCCUGUAUGAGAUCGACAGGAUCCGCAUGCUGUACCAGCAGAUGAGGCACCUGGAGCAGGUCUACGGCCCCAACGCCUCGUACUACCAGAGCAAACUGGGGGUUCCGCUUCUGCCUCCGCUUCCCAAAUGUGACCCAGCCAAAGACAAGAGCUGCAAGCCGGCUCCGCCCCCAGCUCCGCCCCCAGCUGCUGUCAAAGCCCCCGUGACUCCGCCCAUCGCUCAGGCUGAUGUCGUCUAUCUGUGCAACAGCAAAGACCCCCAGUGCAGGCCGCACAUCGUGUACAUGCCGAGCGGAGCCGUGCCGGUGCUGUGUGACCCGCGCUAUCACCCCACCUGCAAGCUGCAAGGCCCCGCCCCCUCUCCCGUCCCCUCCAAGAAAUACAAUCCGGCCCCGCCCCCUCCGCCGGCCCCCAUCGUCUCCAAGGGAAUGGAGUACGACUGCGACCCUUACUGGGACCCCGACUGCCUGAUCGACCACCCGCCACGGCCCAUCAAAGGUAAAGCCCCGUCGCCGGCGCCCGUGACGGAAGAGGACGAGCCGGAGCUGCGGGUGGCCGUCAGUAAGAAGCAUCCACACCCGUAUUACGCCCACCUUUAUCCCUACAACUACCGCUCCGAGCUCUACGACCCGCUCCGACACGCCUACCCCGCGGCCGAGACGCCACACAGCGCCUAGAGCUUCUGCAUUCAUUGUGAUUCAUUCAUUAUGAUUGAUGUUAAGAAAGUUGAAUAAAAUAUGGAGUAGUUUUCACCCCGUGAGUCUGUCCUGAAUCCUGAGAGCCUGAGGCUGCAGUUAAAGCAGCAGGUUUGAGCCUCAUUAGCUCGAGCUUCACAACUGUUAGCGUUUAAAGUUUUGCAGCGUGAGCAUAAGAAACACAAUAAACCACACACACACACAGCCUGGUUUUGGUGUAAUCUAUUAAAAUGGCUUUGUAAAUCUCUCAGUAUGCAUGCAUUAGCAGACCGUGUAAGAUUCUUUUUUCAACUUUAUUCUUAAAAUAAAGACUUCUGUUUUGAACUUACUGACCUGAGCUUAUUAAAUAGCAUUGUUUCUGAAUUACAUUCACCUGGGAAAUAUUUAGUAGAUAUCAUAUUUUAAUAAUUAGGAAGUUUGUCUUAAAAUUGUAAUGUCC